CUUUACACAAUCAAACUCGAUGGAUUUUGUCCAAACAACAAUUUACAAAUAUUUCUUCAAGCAAAACCUAUUGGUGACUGACGCAGGAAGCAAUUAAUCAAAAUGCUUUCUGCUCUCGGCAACCUCCCUGGCGAGAUGGUCCAGAAUGUGGGAAGGCAUCUCGACGAUGGAGACUUGUCUUCUCUCUCUUGGACCUGCAGCGACAUGCAUAAGUUACUCACAGAAAUCUUAUAUAAACGGCACAUACUCAACCACGAACUCAUGUACUAUUCUGUCGAGCGCACCGCCUAUCUGGAAACUGCCUGCUGCGCGAGCCCGGCCGCGUUCGGCAACAGCGGAAUAUUGGGCUCAGUACUAGAAUCCGCAAACCCUAACGUGGUACUGCCAAUGGCCGCGGUAACACCCUCACACCUGUGUUUAGCGCAAGACGACCACCCAUCGGCAUCUGCUAUAGACUCCUUCUGGGGAACGACGCCGCUGGAAUGGGCCAUCAGCAAUUCAUCUCGCUAUCGUGUCAGUAUGUUGCUAGGCGUCCCGAUUCGUUCAUCUCUACGCAAGCUUGAUCACCCGCAACAAGAGAUAGUGCAACUGCGCUACAUCCGAGCUGCUUGCCGGAGACACGACCCGGAGGUGAUAGCACUCCUACUUCAACACGAGCUCCCCCUCCAACUUCGUGACGACGAAGGAAAUUCUUUCCUGAGCAUAUUCUGCCAAACUAUCGAGAGCACUCGGCCGGCAGAUUUGACCGUUGAGAAGUCAGCCAAGUGCGUCGUUGCCCUGCUCAAAGGCGGCGCCGAUCCUCAGCAGAAAAACGACGAAGGCGUCUCCGCCUUAGACUAUAUACGUCGCAUGAUGACUUACGAAGGACCUAGCCACUUUCACCAGGAGGUCGCAAAGGCGUGGAAUGAAGCACUGAUCCUCGACGGCGAAGGCGUCCGCGAGAGACGUUAG